CUGCUCUAUUCACAAAUAGCGGGAGUUUGGUCAGUAAUAAUAAUAAUAUUUUUUUAUUUGUAAAUUUAGUUGAAAUUAGAAUUUGUUGGAGGCCUUGGAGCUUGUUGCUUUGAGGUUUGAUUGUAAGCUGUGAGUGAAAGUGAGUUUGUUGUUCAACUCUUGGUAGCAUUUUGAUGUUUUUUGACUGCAUAUUGUAAAUUUCUUAGCAUUAGAAGUAUAAAAUAGUUUAUUUCCAGUAGCCUACAGUACAUACUGCACGUAUUUUGUUGAAAUCUCUGAGCAUAAAAAGGAUUAUAGUUUUUAACAUCCAUUUCCCAGUUCAAAAUUAUUCUUACUUUCCUUGCCUUACAUGAGAAAAGUAUUGCUUUCCAAAAAAAUUAAGAAAUGGAAGCACAUCAUUCAAAACGUGAAGGAAUUAGGGAAGAUGAGCUCGAUAGUCUAGAAGCAAAUGCGACCUACAACAUGAACCACAAAGCACGUGGCUCAGCGAUCAUUUUCAAUCACGAACAUUUUCUUGAAAAUUUGGAUCAAAGAAAAGGUACAGAUGUUGAUGCUUUCAAACUGCGAAAUUCUUUAGAAAGACUAGGGUUUUCUGUUGUCUCAUAUAAAGACCGCAAAGCAGAAGAAAUUGAGAACAUAAUCACUGAAGCAAGUGAGGUUGAUCAUUCAGAGUAUGACUGUUUUGUGGUAGCUAUAUUGAGUCAUGGAGGAAAUGGAUAUAUAAACGCAUAUGAUCAUCCUUAUAAACCAGAUAUUUUGUGGACCAAGUUUUCUGCAGACAAUUGCAAAACACUUGUUGGGAAACCGAAACUCUUCUUCAUCCAGGCUUGUCAAGGAAGUGAAUUAGAUAACGGAAUUACUCUAUCGGUUCAAACUGAUUCCAGUUCCACAAAUGAAUUUUCAUUUCAUGAAGAAGACUUCCUUAUUGCUAAUUCGUCUAUCCCUGCAGCGGAUGGCAGCUCGGAUGGAUGUCACAGUCCGGCAUCCAGUCCUGACAGCUUCUAUGCGGCAACUCCGUCACCACCCACCGGAGCUGGCUACCACAAGCCGACCAACAGUCAUGGCUACCACAAGCCGACCAACACCAAAGACGACUUCCUGGCAGCUGGCUCGUUCUCGACCUCCUGGCAGCAGGAGACAUCCUCCUGGAAGCAGCCGUCCUCCUCCUGGAAGCAGCCGUCCUCCUCCUGGAGUCCGCAUCAGCCGUCUGCAUCGAGUUCGUCCUUCUCGCCUCCGACGUCACACGACUUCUCGCCGACGCCGGACGUGAUCCGACGUCGACGCCUGGCGGCCAACGCCCGCGAGCGACGCCGCAUGAACAGCCUGAACGACGCCUUCGACCGGCUGCGUGACGUCGUCCCGUCGCUAGGCAAUGACCGCAAGCUCUCUAAGUUCGAAACACUGCAGAUGGCGCAGACCUACAUAUCGGCGCUGCACGAACUCCUGCAAAGAGAUUGAAACCACCCUGUAAAUAGGUAAUUUAUUGUUCCUAAUUCAUUGUGAUUUUAGUAGUCUAUAGAGUAAAAUAAUAUUGAAGCAGUGGAAUUAAUUAUUUUUAGUAUAUCAAUCAUUGUUGAGAAUCUAAGGAAAAUAAAUCAGCCAAAUAAAUGAAUUUUGAAUUCCAUUCAUUGUCACAUCGUAAAUAGAAAUGAGGAAUGUAUUUCACUCCUGAGCAGGAGCUUCAAAUAAUAUUGAAGCAGUAGAAAAGUAAAUUAUUUAUCGUAUUGUUGAGAAUCUAAGUAUAAAUUAGCCUAAUAAAUGAAUUUGGGAUUCCAUUCAUUGUCAUAACGUGAAUAGAAAUUAAGAAGGAAUGCAUUUCACUCCUGAGGAGGAGCUUUUUCAGCCUCUGAAGAGCCUCAGCUUCAUCAGCCUCUUUAACAGGCUGAUAAAUGAAGCUCCUCCUCAGGAGUGAAAUGCACUCUUCAUUUCUCAUCAAAAAUUGAGUGUUUUUAAAAAUAUUUACAUAGAAACAAAGUGUCUAGACUACAUCAAAGUUAUUAUAUAGCGUUUCGUCAUGGAAAACAACAUCAAUUUCAUAAAUAGAAUAUUUAAAUUCGUGAAUUUCCAGUAUUGAGUAGGUUCAAUUAACAUUAUGGCAUGACAGUAGUCGUACUUCUUGAUUUCGACUUAUCUCUUCAAAAUGCUAGUACAAUAUGGAAUUUUGAACGACUGGCACUGAUAAGCGUUCUUACCAGAAGGACAGUGGGACUAAAUCUUUUUCUUGAAACCCUUAUUUUUAAAGCAUGAAUUUUUGCCCCUCUUCAUUCCUCUCGUUGUCUCACCUUGAGAUGAUGAGAUCUGAAAUAUUAUAUAGAAGUUACAUACAUGGACUUUGAAUAAUUUUAAAGUCAAGCUGAAACUGAUGACUGGUAAUUAUUUUAUUGGUUAAAGUUUUGCUUCUUGAUUAUUCCAUUCUUGAUUUCCUCCAAUUCCAUGAAAUAUAUUUUGUCAAAGAGACUUAUAAUCUUACAGUUAUUCAGCAUGCUUCAAUGAAGUCAGGUUCAAUCACCAUUCAAAUUUCAAAUUCUAAUUUAUUCAUUUCUUCGAUCUUACAGGCUUAGAAUUUUUCUUUAAUUUUCAAUUCCCUAAUUUUUAUAAAAUACUAGUCCAAAAAUGAGUAUUAUUCCGUCAGCACUUUCAAACACGGAUAUUUUUGUUCCCAAAAUAAUGUGAAAUUCAGAACAUUGAAUGUUGAUAUAAGAAGUAAACUCAAACGAUCCACUCUAGUAAUCAGUUGAAAACUUGAGAAAUAUUGAAAGAACAUAGAUGCUGAUAUGAUUAAGCCUCCUUGUGGAGUGCUUGCUGUUCUAUACAAACAAUAAUAUUUUGAAUUAUAGUUUCCUUUCUUCGCAAUAUGCUCUUUACUAUAAUAGUGUAAUACUGUACAUUUGAUUGGCCUAGAUUUCAUUUUAGUAUCUGAAGAAACGAAGUAACAGCGAGCUAUUUGAACUAUUUCGAGAAUAGCCUAUUCACAAGGUAAUUGAACUAUCAACAGCAGUAUUUAUUAUUUACUUACUUCUAUAAUCCACAUACUUGUUCACAUAAUUCCAUAUUACUUUACAUACUCAUUUAUAAAGUUUAUUUUAUUAUUAAAAUAAAAUUUGUGAACCAAUUUGAGAAAUUGUUAUCUAAUAAAUAUAUUAUUGCGGUAAAAAUUAUAGAGUAUAUUAUUAAGGCACUUUAAUAGUCCGAUUCAAUCAAGUGUAGUCAAACAAUAUUCAACUCACAAUUUCAUUUAAUUUGUUGCAUUCCUAUUGAAAUGAUUAAACCUUUGAAUAUGAGAAUUUUCUUUUUAAAUGUCACUUUGAACAUUCUAUUCAAAUGUAGAUCGAUUUUGAUUUCUACAUUCUAUAAAUUUACUUUAUUCUGUAAAGCUUAGAGAUAAUUUCAGAAUAUUUUAGUUCGCAGUUGGACCAAAUUUAGUAAUCCAUACAAAAGUAUUAUAAUAUAUGGGCUCACAUAAUUAUAUGAUAUCUCCAUGACAUAAUUAUUAAAUUCGUUAGACUGCUCUGUAACAAAUUAUUUUCCGAUUCAGACCUCUUGAGAUCUAAAAGGGAUUAAAACAUUUGUGGAAUUUUCAUAUCUAAUUUCGAUCUAAAAUCUUGUAAUAUUCUUAUAGUGUUUACAAACACCUUUCAGCCUUAUCUAUGAAGACGGUAGCCUCCCUCUUGGAACCAAGAAAUGAGAAAUUUAUAAAGGUUUUAAAACGAAUCUAGUUCUAGAGAAGUUUUUAAAUUAUUGUUACUAAUUAAACAUUAUUUUAUGACAGUGCGAAACCUAAUUUUCAAAGUUAUCAAUUAGUCAAUUCUCUUGUUAAAAUUGUUUAUAGCCCUCAUUGAGUUAUACUUUCACGUGGAGGAAAUAAAUUUAUUUUUUAAUGAGCUGCUAAAAUAGGUGUUGAAUGACUUACUUGUCAAACAUUUAUAAGCUAAGUAUGAUAUGACUAAGAUGACAAUUUUACGGCCUUUAAAAGGUUAUUACUUUCGAUGAUUUUUUGAUUUUAUGUCUUGAACUAAAAACAUUAUGUACAAUCAACUGUAACUUGUGGAUUUAUGUGGCACAUCAAGAUAACAAAAACUAAGAUAAUACCAUUUUAUAGUAAGAUUUAAACCCCCUAACUUAAGUAAUCAGGCUCUCUUGCAUUUUUAUGGAACGACAAGCAUCGUAAAUUAUUUCUAUUACCGUAAAUUAUAACAAUAAUUUUAUUAGAGUGAUAUUUUCAGAGAUAACAGAAAUAUCUGAAUAUGUUCAUGAAUUAAUUGCAGACAUUGUGGAAAAUAUUUAUUUCGACACUUGCGGCUGUUCCAAGUACAAGUAUCUGAUACUGAAAAUUCUCCCACAGACAUUCAUUUUGUUCUUGUUCGACCUUCUUUCCUUGAAUAUUAUCUUCAAGCUGUCAAUAAAUUUAUCUACGUGUAUAACAUAAAUCUUCAUUGAUUUGCUGCUCUAUUCAAUAUCAUUUUGAAUAACUGUCAUUCGCCACCUUUGAAAUUAGACAGAAAUUAGAAAUUCAUACUUAUCUGAUUGAACUAGUAGAGAUAAUAAUUCAAAUUUAAAAUCCAAAUGCAUAUAUGAAAUAAAUAUUCAUAUAUAGGUGACUAGGUAUACAUGCCUGCAACUGAAUUGCAUUCAGCUGAAUUGAAUUCUAUGUGAUCAACGCGUUCGUGUUGGAAAAAAUGUCGAACCACCUGUUGGAGACACCUGACUCUACCUGUGAAGAGUCGGAACCUUUUAGUCGAAAAGGCUGUUGGUACCAGCAAAAAGCAAAGGCCCCAGUGCCGAUUCAAGCUACUUAUAAGGCCAGCUCAAACUUUAAUUACCUAUUUAUUGUUGACAACACUUUUACAUGCCCUGCUAUAUUAGUGAAGCAGAUCAAUACGCAAUUAUUAUUUUUUUUAUAAACUAUCAAAUUUGAAUUUGCUGUGAUAUAUAUACUUAGUAUUGGUAGAGUUGUAAUACCAACAUCAAUAUUGACAUUGAUUUCUAGCGACUCCAAUAUACAUCUUGUUUGAAUAAAUAUUUUUCAACGUUUGAAAAAAACUCAAUGAAAUCCAAGUUCUAGAUAGUCAAGUUGAACAAGUUAUAAAUAUGUGAUGGAAUAUGAAUUUUAAUUGGAGAUGUCUUGCGUCUCAAGCUUGCAAGCUUGCAACUUAUUAACUUUAUAACGCGUAUAAUGAAUACAUUGAUUAUUUUAUUGAAUGUAGAAACCGUAGAGUUUAGCUAGAGGAAUAAAUCAUAUUUUUAUGAUCGUUCUACCUGUAUGAAUUGAGCUUGUAAAGAUAAAUGAAAAACGUUUUGUAGAAUCUCUAUCAAGGAUUCAAGGCAGGCCUUUUUGAAGAACAUUGUUUCAAGAUUAUUAGGAAAUCUGUAGCAAUGUGAAAUAUUCUUAUGGAUUACUUUAUUGUACAGUGAAAGUAGAAGGAAUUGUAGCAUUCAAUGUAUUGUGCCUUUCUUUGUUUAUAAGACUGAUUUUAAUUAGAAAGAAAUUUAAAAUUAAUGUUUGUAUUUUGAUAAGUAAAUUUGUAUUGUAUGUGAAUAUUUUGUAACUAUUGUUGAU